CAUGUCCGAACCUAAGGUUCGUAUUCCGAUCAUAAAUUGCUUGACGUUGUUAAUAUUUAGGGAUUUCUUUACUUUUUUUAUACGCGUGAAUUUGGAAUCAUUCGAUCGCCUGAAGGAGAGAUUUUAAUCUGUUCGGGAACUUAGUUUUGGUAAGAUUAUCCUUUUUGUGUGUGUGUGUAUGUUUUUUUCCCUGUCAGUGGACUGAUGUGCAGAUCGGUUUUUGGAGGAGUUUAUCGGAUUUUAUUUUUUAUUUUUGAAAAUUUGAAGUCGCAGUUAGGGUAUAUUAGGCUGAUCUAUGGUUGAUCGUUAGUGGAAUGCUGCGUUUGUUCUUGAGUUUGGGUGAAAUCUGACAGUUUAUUCAAGUCGAUUCGUGGUUUAAUUUGUAUGCUUGCGUUGAAGUUGGAUUUUGUUGUGUUUAUCUUUGGAGUUUAUGGUGCAAAGUUGAAUUAGUGAAGUGAUUUUCUUCGGUGGAAAGGAAACGAAAGAUCUGUAGAAAUUUGUUAUUCAAAAAGUGAUGGAGUUCUGGAUUCAUAUCGUGGAAAGUAUUGUAAUGGAGUCUCUAUGAACAAUUGUUGAAAUGCUUUUUGAAAUUCGAGUUAUUGGACAAACUCAAUUGUUGAGUUGAUCGAAGUUUGAACUUACUCGACAAGUCAUUACGUUUCCAUGGCUGCAAUGACUUCCAAUAAGUCCAACACUGCAGCGGAAAUCAGUCAACCCAAGCGGCAAAAAUCCGAUAGCUACAUCAGGAGACAGAACAUUGAGCAGCACAGGAAAUCUUUGCCCAUUGCAACAGUUGAAAAGAAACUUCUCGAGGAGGUUAGCAAUAAUGAUACACUGAUUAUUGUUGGAGAAACUGGGAGUGGGAAGACAACACAGCUACCACAAUAUCUAUUCAAUGGUGGGUUUUGCCGAAAUGGUGGAACCAUUGGGAUAACUCAACCUCGACGUGUUGCGGCUGUAACUGUUGCUAAAAGGGUUGCCGAGGAAUGUGGAGUUACUCUGGGACAAAAGGUUGGAUAUGCCAUCCGAUUUGAAGAUAUGACUUCCAGCUCAACAAGGAUUAAGUACAUGACAGACGGCUUGUUGUUGAGGGAAGCAUUGUUGGAUCAAUAUCUCUCCAAGUAUUCGGUUAUUAUUGUGGACGAGGCUCAUGAAAGAACUGUACACACUGAUGUAUUGCUUGGCCUGUUGAAGAGUGUGCAAAAAGCUAGGUCUCAGGGUGCUCUUGAAACAAUUAGUAACGAUCAAACAAAAGAUCAGAAUGGCUUACCGUUGGUAAAAGGGUAUAAUGGCCAUCCCACCAGCAAUUUGAAGCAUGGCCAAGGAAAAAAGUUGCCUCCUUUGAAGUUGAUUAUCAUGUCUGCAAGUCUAGACUUUGCAAUCUUUUCGGAGUUUUUUGGUGGUGCAAGGGCUGUUCAUGUCCAGGGGCGCCAAUAUCCUGUUGAAACAUUGUACACCUAUCAACCUGAGACCGAUUACCUAGAUGCAACAAUGAUUACCAUUUUUCAGAUUCACCUGGAGGAUCAACCCGGUGAUAUACUUGUGUUCUUAACUGGCCAAGAAGAAAUAGAAUCUAUCCAGAGAUUAGUCCAAGAGCGUUUCCCAAAGUUACCUGAGAGUAAACGGAAUCUUUUAGUUGUUCCUAUAUUUGCAUCUCUCCCAUCAGAGAAACAGAUGAAAGUUUUCAUGCCAGCUCCAACUGGAUUUCGUAAGGUAAUUUUGGCAACAAAUAUUGCUGAGACAUCUGUGACAAUACCUGGAAUCAAGUAUGUCAUUGACCCGGGAAUGGUUAAAGUACGCACAUAUGAUGCUUCUACUGGAAUCGAGCCUUUGAUUAUAGUUACAACCUCGAAAGCACAGGCACUUCAGAGGAGAGGGCGAGCUGGUCGUGAAGCACCUGGGAAAUGCUUUCGUCUUUAUCCAGAGAAUGACUUUUACAAGCUGAAAGAUUCCACAACACCAGAAAUUAAAAGAUGCAAUCUUGCAAAUGUUAUUUUGCAGCUGAAAGCUUUGGGAAUCGAUGAUAUUGUUGGUUUUGAGUUCAUUGAAAAACCAGACAGUAUGGCUAUCAUCAAGUCAAUGGAAAUGCUAUUCUUGUUAGGUGCUCUAACAGACGAAAGUAAAUUAUCAGACCCAGUUGGUCACCAAAUGGCGAGACUUCCGUUGGAUCCUGUUUAUUCUAAGGCGCUCAUUGUUGCUAGUCAGUUUAAUUGCUUUCAAGAAAUGCUGAUAAUUGUCGCAAUGCUAUCUGUUGAAUCCAUAUUCUACGCACCCCGUGAAAGAUUAGAAGAGUCACGGAUUGCAUUGAGAAGUUUCUCGAGCCAAGAUGGAGAUCAUCUAACCUUACUAAAUGUGUACCGUGCCUUUGAUGAAUUCUCCGAGAAGGCUAAGCUCGUUAGCAGCAGCGAAGAGAAAGCUGCAAAGAAUCUCAAGAAAUGGUGCAAAGACAAUUUUAUUAAUUACCGUUCCCUAAAGCACGCACAGGAUAUACACAGCCAAAUACAAAGGAAUGCCGAGCAAAUGGGUUUGGCUGGAACUUCUUGUGGAGACGACAUGUUUCCACUCCGUAGAUGCUUAGCUGCUUCAUAUUUUCUCAACGCGGCAUUGAAACAGCCGGAUGGAACUUACAGGGCUUUGUCAAGUGGUCUGACGGUUAAGAUACAUCCUUCAUCUGUCCUGUUUCGGAUGAAACCGGAGUGCAUCAUUUUCAAUGAAUUAGUGAAGACAAAUCAAAAUUAUAUCCGAAAUGUUUCAGUCAUAGAUUACUUGUGGUUAGCCGAGCUGGCGCCUCAAUUUUAUAGCCUGCAGGAGUGAGAAUUAAUAGGUUCCGUCGCCGGCAUAUUUGGCAACAACUCUUAUUACAAAAUACUUCGUCUCUCUGGGCUGAAGAGGAGGAUAAGUCCGGGAAACUUACCAAAGAUUUUGAAGGUACGCGUUGCUACUUUUUUGGGGCGAAUUAUUCUUUUAUGGUCGAAAAAUAAUUAUUCGGAAAAAGACGAUGGAAUGCAAUAGCUAUUUGAAGGUAAGCUUGUUUUGAUAUUGUUCAAUGUAUAUGUUAGUACAAUUUUGAUGGUGGCGGGGCGGCGGAGGCGAGAUUGUUGGGCAGUUGCAGUGAUAGGGGAGAGGUUAAGAAGGGGAAGAAGGAGAAGAGGAAAGGAUAUUUCAGUGACGAAGAGGAUUGAAAUUGAAAUUGAAUUUGGAAUUGGAACUGCAUACAUACAGAUACAGAGUAGGCAAUUUUCAUCUUUGAUUUUGUGAAUUUAUCUAUUGGAUUUAUUCAUUUUCUUGGAUGAAUAUUGUGUUUGUAUUUUCAUCUCUGAUUUUGUAAAUUUUUUUAUUUGAUGUAGUCAUUUUCUUGGAUGAA